AUGAGUCGAGAGUUUACCGCUAUGCAGGUCAUGCAACAGAUGUUGUCAGAUGCAUUCUCUGAUGAUGGCAAUCCCGAUGAAGAAGCAGAGGAUGUGUCUGAGGAGGAGGAUUAUGAGGCAAGUAACCAACCAAACAGGGAAGAUGAAGAAGAAGAGGAAGGAAAAGAAGAAGAAAUGGUAAUAUCAGAAGACAGAGAGGAGCAAAUGGAAAGAGAGGGAGAAGAGGAAGGAGAGGAUGAAGAAGAAGAAGAAGAAGCGGUAACAGAAGAAAGAGAGGAGCAAAUGGAAAGAGAGGGGGAAGAGGAUGAAGAAGAAGAAGAAGAAGAAGAAGAAGAAGAAGAAGAAGAAGAAGGGGUAAUAGCAGGUGAGAGAGAGGAGCAAGCGAAAGAAGGUUUGUUUUUUCUCUCAAAACACGACAAAAUCAUAUGGUCCUCCUUAGCAUACGAUAAACAAGAGUGGGGUAGAAAAGACAGGAGCGGUGAGGCUAGGUCUGGGACACAUGGUCUGAGCGGCUGCCGUACCUCUACAACCCCGGGCCGGAGAUAACGGUGGACGAACAGCUGGUUCCGUUUAGAGGGCGUUGUCCCUUUCGGCAGUAAUAGCCAGCGAAAUACGGGAUCAAGACAUGGGAGGCGUGCGACUCUAAAUCCAGUUACGCUUGGAAGAUGCAAGUGUACACAGGGAAGGCCGCGGCCACAGACACAGCUGCAGCUGCGGUUGGUGGAGGAGCAGGAGGACGAGGACAAGGAGAAGACCCGGGCCCACGCGCAGGCCACGGCCCGGAAAAGAACCUGGGGAUGCAAGUCGUGCUCGAUGUCAUGGAGGGACUGAGGGAUCGAAACGUCACCUGCGACAAUUUCUUCACCUCUUACGAACUCGGGCAGCAGCUACUGAAAAGGAAGAUGACCAUGGUUGGCACCGUUUGA